AUGUUCAAAAUACUUGUCGGCUUGCGUCGCUCCUGUUGUUCUUCUGUGAAAUCGAGGAUUGAGAACCGAGCUAACUGCAUUUCGCGGAUUUGGUUCGGUCCUCUUCCCAAGGAUUCCCAAUGGAUUAAACCAGGUCGUCUGCACUAUCUUGAAAAUGAUGUGGAGAAGCAGGUGGACAUUAUAAAAACGAUGAAUGGUGUGGUGGUGCUGUUGUACAAUAAAUCCCGAGAGAAACUGAUCUUCGUACGACAAUUGAGGGGAGCCGUUUAUCAGGGAAUUUAUUCAGCAGGAAGUUCUGAGAUGUCCAAAGGAGAGGCUAAUCUGGAGAAGUUUCCACCGGAAAUAGGAGUCACUUUGGAACUUUGCGGAGGCGCCGUUGAUAAGGAUAAAAGCCUUGCGGAAAUUGCGAAGGAGGAAGUGUUGGAAGAGUGCGGAUACGAGGUGACCACGGAAUCCUUGAAGCAUGUAUAUGAUUAUAGAUCCGGUAUUGGAACCUCUAGCAGUGCCAUGACUUUAUAUUACUGCGAGGUGUGCGAUGAUCAGAAAGUAUCGGAAGGCGGUGGCGUUGAUACCGAAAAGAUCCAGGUGUUGGAGAUGUCUGUGGAGGAGUCAAGGAAACUAGUUCAAACAGGAGCUAUUACCAAUGGAGGACCCUCAUGUUUAAUGGGUUUACUCUGGUUCUUUCUCAAUAAGGCACCCAAUCUUUCCACUUAG